AUGAUGACAAAACACUCAGGUGGAUAUAUUGAUCCACUGGAUGAUAAUGGAAUUAUAUUCUCCAAGAGUUUAUCGGAGGAAUUCAAUAUAUUUGGAUCACAGGCAACAAAUGUAAAUAUUUCAAUAAGCGUAGUUACAUUUUCUGACCCAAUGCUAAUCCCUUCAAACCAAAAAGGAAAAUUUAUUUCUGGAAAAGAAAUGAUUGAGCAUUGUUUGAGAGAAAGUAAUGCAGAGUUUAAAGUAAAGAAUUAUUAUUGUUUUUAUCCAAAAUUAUGGCAAAACUAUGAUCUAUAUUCCACAAUAGGAUUGAAUUCUCCAAUGCCGCCUUUCAAGAAAUAUCAUUUAUUACAGGUUGUAUCUUCAGAUAACCUAUUGCCUCAUCAGAUUCUAUUCAUAGAUGACGAUAUUAGGAACUGUAAACAAGCGCUGCAAGAUGGAUUUAUUGUUCUACACGUAGGAGGGGAUACGGGGUUUUCUUUUAAAAGUAUUAGUGUAGAUUUUUACAAAAGUUGUUAG